AUUCAACAGGUAGUCAUAGGCUGUUCAGUUUACCACCUGACAAGCCAAACCCCACAAAAUCUUCUCAGUGUGUCUGAAUUCUCAACUAAUCAUCAAUGGCGAUCGCAGGAUCAAAUGGGCUGUUGUGUAUUAUUUUUCUCGUUUGUUACAUGUUUGGACUUUGUUUUACAGAUGAUGCUUCCAAAUAUUUUGAUUUGGAACUGUCUUAUAUCACCGCUUCUCCUCUCGGUGUCCCCCAACAGGUCAUAGCGGUUAAUGGGAAUUUUCCAGGUCCUACUAUUAAUGUAACCACUAAUGAAAAUGUCUUUGUGAAUGUGAGAAACAAACUGGAUGAAAACGCCCUUGUGACAUGGCCUGGGGUUCAAAUGCGUCGUACUUCUUGGCAAGAUGGGGUUCUUGGCACCAACUGUCCCAUUCCGCCCACGUGGAACUGGACCUAUAAUUUCCAGGUCAAGGAUCAGAUUGGAAGCUUCUUCUACUUCCCAUCGCUUAACUUUCAAAGAGCGGCGGGUGGAUUUGGUUCUUUUAUUAUUACCAAUCGGAAAGUUAUCUCAUUGCCAUACAAAAUGCCUGACGGAGAUAUAGUCAUUUCAAUCGGUGAUUGGUAUACUAAAAACCACACGGCCUUGAGGACAGCUCUUGACAUGGGGAAGGACCUCGGGAUGCCAGAUGGAGUCCUGAUUAAUGGCAAGGGACCUUAUCAGUAUAAUGCAAGUGUACCUGAUGGCAUUAAUUAUGAAACAAUUAGUGUUGAUCCAGGUAAAACCUACCGAAUUCAUGUGCAUAAUGUUGGUGUCUCAACAUGUCUGAACUUCCGUAUUCAGAACCACAAAUUGCUAUUGGCAGAGACCGAGGGAUACUAUACACAACAAAAUAACUUUACUAGCUUAGAUAUCCAUGUUGGACAAUCUUAUUCUUUUCUGGUUACCAUGGAUCAGAAUGCAAGCAGUGAUUACUACAUUGUUGCGAGUCCUAGGUUUGUAAAUCAAACAGUUUGGCAGAGAGUUACUGGCGUUGCAAUCUUGCAUUAUUCAAAUUCUAAAGGAAAGGCAAUCGGUUCUCUUCCUGACCCUCCAAAUGAUUUUUAUGAUAAAUCGUACGUGGUGAACGAAGCAAUAUCAAUCAGGCAAAAUGUCUCAGCGAGUGGUGCUCGCCCUAACCCACAGGGGUCUUUCCACUAUGGUCAAAUACCAGUGACUGAUACAAUUGUCUUAAAAAGUGUUCCCCCGGUGAUGAUUGAUGGGAAACUCAGAGCUACUCUAAAUGGUAUUUCAUUCAUUAAUCCUGAUACACCCAUUAGGCUAGCAGACAAGUACAAUAUUAAGGGGGAUUACAAGCUCGACUUCCCCAGUCGACCACUCAACAGACCACUUCGAUCGGACAGCUCUGUCAUCAACGCUACAUACAAAGGAUUUAUCGAAAUUGUAUUGCAGAACAAUGAUACAGUAGUUCAGAGCUUUCACAUGGACGGCUAUUCCUUUUUUGUAGUUGGGAUGGCUUAUGGAGAAUGGACUGAAAAUAACCGGGGCUCCUAUAAUAAGUGGGAUGCUAUAGCUCGCUCCACCACACAGGUACUUCCCGGAGGAUGGACAGCAAUUCUAGUAUCUCUAGACAAUGUUGGAGUGUGGAACCUUAGAGCUGAGAACCUGGACAGAUGGUAUUUAGGGCAAGAGACAUAUAUGAGAGUUAUUAAUCACGAAGCUGAUCCUAGCAACAAAACAGAAUUCCCUGUCCCUAAUAAUGCUCUCUUCUGUGGUGCUCUUUCACGAUUGCAGAAGCCACAGAAGUCCUCAGCAUCAAUCAUCAAUGAAAGGUCAAAUUCGAACUAUCAGCUGCUUCUGGUGACACUAUCUGCUUUCAUAUUCACGUGGUUAUGAUCUUCAUCACAAUGGCGAGGCAUUUGCGCAUGUUUGUCCGUAAAAAUGAAGCAAUUACAUAACUUAGGAAAUUAAAAAAAGUAAUUUCUUUUAGACUUGGUCCAUUGGGGAGGUGGCAUACUUGUAACGAAGAUAGCCAAGAUUAACAUAAUUUUUUAUUUCUUCCCUAAUACUAGUAUGGUAACUAAUUUGGUUUUGAUACUGGUUAGUAGAAGGAUUCCUAUUGACUUGACCAGGACCAAUUUCAGUUCUUAUAUAGCAUGCACAUUGCUCUUAA